CACCAACACCACCAUGGUCGAGCACCAAAAGAUCGAGCACCAAAGAUCGAAACCAAGAGUCUUGUUGGCAUGGCCAAUAUAUAUAUCAGUUGACUUUCCACUGGCCCGAAUCAAACGCGGUCCCUCCGUUUCUGGAUCAACUCCUUCACACAAGAAAUCCCAGAAUGCCACAACAUCGUAUAUGUCGCUGUUCAUCCUGCUCUUCAACGACCAAUGGCUUCCGAAUUCUCAGCGAGGCGAGAUUUCACAGUCAUGCAAAUUUGAUUGCCGAGCCACCAACUCCAUUCGAAGAGAUAGUCAAAGAGUACCAAUCGUAUCGUCAGCAUGAUCUAGUUACCAGCAAACUGGUGUUCAGGAAAGACCUUAAUACCCAUCCAUCAACCAUAUCCGCCAUGCUUACAGAAGAUCUGGAAAACACUUUUCUUGUUCGAUAUGAACUAUGGCAUCAAAAUGCAAUAAACAUCAUACAGAAAUCUCCUUGCGAGAUCGAUCAUGAUGAAAUCCUCCAAAACCUCUUAGAUCUCUAUUCAAAAGUUUUGUCAGCAGUCUUUGAGGAGUCCCGGAAACGGCAAAAUCAUACAUCCAAAGUUCGUUCCAGCUCCGAUCAGCAUUUAUCCGUGCAAGCUAGGCAAUUCAUCAUUACAAGCAUCAGUCAAUAUCAGGAACCAAAGACGUUGGCGUUCCUUUCCCCUUAUCCAGACCAUGAGCUUUCCUGUCGUCCCGCACUUUCCUACGAUCACCUAGGCCUAGAUCCCAAAAAUUGCAUUAACCGCGACACUAUCGAUCAUUUAGACUGGUUAAAUGCAACGCUGUGCGAACUAGAAGAGAAUCAAACAUUACCAAGCGCUGAGCGCCGCCGUAUGGUCUUGGGGCUGGGUGAACAUUACCGGAAUGUAAUCUCUUUCAUAGAAGCUAAAAGGCUUCAAAAAUCUUGUCCAGAAGCGAACAUUCGGGCUAUAAUCACCA